AUUUUAUUUAGCUGUCGAGUAAUGUAUACAAAAUAAGCGGCGGCUAUUUUUUGUUAUUUUAAUGAAACGCAUCCAUCCGCGAUGAGCACGAACGUUGUUGUGAGCAUGGAGGAGAAGGCGGUGGCCGACGACCUGCCGUACUUCCCGGAGAAGUUUCCGGGCAAGGUGUGCUGUUUAUGCAACCUCGGCGAGAAGAGUGCCUUGGGCCAGGGCGAGAUUCUCCAACUGAAGGCGCCCGCGCCCGCCGAGAUCAAGGAUAAAUAUCCGACGGACCGGCUGAGAGAGGACGGAUCCAGGCUGUUCUACGGGGCCAAGCAGGCCGCAUCUAGUUCGGGCGAUUGCCACUACGAGCUGGACAAGAUUGGACAGCCGGACGUCGUGCAUCCCGCCGAAUUUCUUGACGAGGGGUUCGUCUACGUGCACCGCAUGUGCAUCAUGUGGUCGCUGCGCAAAAGUCAGAUAAGCGAUGCGGAUGCCGCGUACUUUGCCACCCACUUCGCGGAGUUCCUGGAGCAGAAGUGCAACUUUUGCGGCCGCUACGGGGCCUCCAUCAAUUGCAAGAUGAACUGCCGCCAGGUGCACCAUUGGCCGUGUGCCGCCGCUGCGGGCUGCCUUCUUAUUCUCGAGAGCUUUACCGUCUUCUGCACGGAGCAUUUGAGCCAGGUGCCUGUGAUAUGCAGCGACAAUAAUGUGGAGUGUCUGUCCUGCUCCUCGCUGGGGGAUCUGUCCAAGCUGAUCAUGUGUAGUACCUGUGGAGACCACUUUCAUUCGACCUGCAUUGGUCUGGCCAAUUUGCCGGAUACGCGUUCCGGGUGGAACUGCGCCCGUUGCACCAAAUGUCAGAUUUGCCGGCAGCAAGACUCGAACGACACCAAGUACGUUAAGUGUGAGCAAUGCCAGAAGAUUUACCACGCCUCCUGCUUGCGACCAGUUAUCUCGGCCAUCCCUAAAUAUGGCUGGAAGUGCAAUCGCUGCCGCGUCUGCACGGAUUGUGGAUCAAGAACUCCUGGCGGCGGCAGCUCCUCCCGCUGGCAUAGCCACUACACAAUCUGCGAUUCGUGCUAUCAGCAGCGGAACAAGGGCUUUUCCUGUCCGAUUUGCCAGAAAGCGUACAGGGCAGCAUCGCACAAGGAAAUGGUCAAGUGCAGCUGGUGCAACAAAUUUGUGCACAGUACGUGUGACGAAGAGGCGGAUCUAACGGCCUACCACAAGAAGAAGGAGCAAAAUCCAGAUUACGACUACGUGUGUCCGAAUUGCAAGAGUAAUUCGUCGGGCCCGGGGUCAUCCCAACAGACAAUCGACUCGAUCGUGCUGUCCGCCAUGGAUUCGUCGUCGGAGCAACUGAGCCUCAAGGAAAUCGAACUUGACCCGCUGGAGGGCAAGCCCUCAAUGGAUCCGUCCAGCGAUGAGCUCCACAAGCUACCCGCCGGCAAGAAAAAAGUGUGCCUUACUAGUGUUCGCGGUAGAAGCGGAAAGUUCGUCCUACACCGCAUGGGUGUGAUGUCUCAGAUCAACAAGAAACGCAGCACCCGAGGCAAGGGGCGCCAGCUUGCGCUGCCCGCCAUCUCGAGCGAUCGCUGCCUGAGUCGCAGCAUGGAAACAGAUCUGACCAGCGACAAAAAGCUGCUGCUCUGCUCGGCGCGGGACAAGUUUAUCCAAGCGCAAGACAUCUGCGUAAUGUGCGGCUCGCUGGGCAUUGAGAGCGACUCCGCGAUGAUCACCUGCGCACAGUGCGGCCAAUGCUAUCAUCCGUACUGCGCCGGCGUGAAGCCUUCGCGAGGCAUCCUGCAGAAGGGUUGGCGAUGCCUGGACUGCACGGUGUGCGAGGGAUGUGGCAAGAAGAACGACGAGGCGCGCCUGCUCCUGUGCGACGAGUGCGACAUUUCGUAUCACAUUUACUGUGUGAAUCCUCCGCUGGAAACCGUGCCCACGGGCAACUGGAAGUGCUCGUUCUGUACACUGUGCCAGAAAUGCGGUCGCAAUCCCACAGAGAAGAGCGAGUUCGGGGACUCCAACAUGCUCGAGUGCCCAUCCUGCACCAGCCAGUCCUCGUGCCCCGUCUGCAAGGUCUCGUACAGCAACGGCGAGACGAUCAUCCAGUGCGAGCACUGUGAGCUGUGGGCGCACUUCCACUGCGACACCGUCAAUGCCCAGCUGACCAUUGACCACUACGAUAACAAUGUGUACAAGUGCUUCAAGUGCCGCUGCUCCACGAGAAGCACUAACUCCCUGGCGGAUGCCAAGUUUGGUAACGAGGAUUCGCUGGCCAUAACUCCCCAGGGCAGCAAAGCAUUUGUGCACAUCACAGCCUCCUCCGGGCCGUCUUUCGAUUCUAAGAGUGGUACAGAGCGAAAUCAUCUCUCCUUAUCCGGCGAUAUGGCCGAGUCUGCCCCAGAAGCGCUCCACUGGAUUGACGGAGUGUGCCUCAGCGAAAGCGGAUUGGGCAUGAUCAAGUCGUUGUCCACGGAGAUCAAACGCAAGCGCAAAAUGAGACAAGCCCUCGGCAAUGGCAAGGAUGGACAACUGGAGGCCGCCGCCGAGGAAGCGCUGGAAAAGUACAAAGACGGCAUGGUCUGGGAUGGGACGGAGAACGCUAUUCCCGAGGGUUUCACCAUCUCCACCAACGACGAGGGAGUGCACAUAUUACGCAAGAAGCGACAGCGCAAUCUGCAGAAGCUGGGCAUUGGUGGAUUCUCCGUUCGCAACCGAGGUCUCAAGAAGGACAACGAGGAGACGACGGCCGUUGACCAAUUAAAUUCACUUAUGACCAUGGACAAAAAGAAGAAAAUCAUACGAAAGAAGCAGAAGAACAAGCUGAUUGAAGCCUAUCCCGUGUACUUGCAAGAGGCCUUCUUCGGAAAACCUCUGUUGGAAGGUGGAGAGCUUGUCAUGGCCGAGUCAGAUUCCUCAGACGAAAUCGAUGCGUCCAUGAAGGUGUACUUCACGCGGCCCGAGGGCAAGAGUCCUGCCAACCAGGACACGCUGGCGGUGAGCAAGAGUCCAGCGAAGACCCUGAAGAAAGUCAAAGCUGAGUUGAAAACUGAGAACAAAACUGUUUUCAUUGAGCAAAUGCCCAUGGGAAUCCAGAACAAAAACGGAACCACGCCAGUUUCUAAUGUUUUCGAUCCCUUGCAAGCGGAGAUUUCGAACACUGUCUUUGCUAACAGGCAUCCUCUGGAUGCGUUGGCUUCGCCAAAUGUUCCGGAACUGGACAUGGCUAACUCUGUUAGUGCGGUGCCAUCAGCUGAACUCAUUGAAAAACCAAUGCGGGAAUCACCUUCGGUCCUGGUAGACAGUUUUAUGGUCCCUAACCAGUUGCCACAGGAACAGAAGUUUCACAAUCAGCUAUAUUUGGGCGGAAAUACCCUGGUUAAUCCCGCCCAGCAGCUUCAGUUCCGUCAGCAGGCACCACCAAAUGCCAAUAAGCAGAGUAUGCAAACUAUAAUGAGCCAAGUCGUUUUGCAAACCGAAAAGAGACCAGAGGAGGAGCAGAAGGUUGUGGAGCCCGUGACAGAAACCCUGAACGCUGGCACUCAAAAGACGGCGGAGAAAAUGCGCAAGGAUGAGGAUCUUGGGCUCAUGGCCACCAUUUCGGCCGUGCUGUAUGCCAAUACUGAACAUCCCAACCUGAAGGAGUUGUUUCCGAUUUGGAACGACCGCUGCAAGCAGAUUCUGAAGAGGUGGCGUUCGCUGUGCAACGAGAAGAAGGCGCCGUUCUUGCAGAAGGCCAAGGACAAUCGCUCGGCACUGCGGCAGAGGCGGGAACAGAACAAAAUACCUAUGCCACCGAAACCACAGAAGCAGGAGGAACUGGGAAGAGUCUGGAAGCAACCGCCGAAGCUGAAGGAAGACCAGCCGAACAUGUUUGUCACCUACAAUGGAAACGCCUACGACAUGGGCAACUAUGUUGGUGGCCCGGCGCAGGCUGCGUCCAAUAAUCCCAAUCCACAUCACGUGAUGCCGAACGUUAACGAUAAUCUAGUGAUUAAGGCCACGAUUCAAAGGAAUCAGGUGCACACAACAGCAGCCAGCACCUUGAAAAUGACCACCGUGGACAAUCGGCUGGAGUUGAACACGGCGGUGUACGGCACGGAACCCAUUGGCGACAAGAAGCUCAGGAACCUGCUGCAGAAGAACAGCACGGAGCCGAUGCUAAUGGGGGCCAACUCGGACUUGUUCUUGGGCAACGAUGUAAUGCGGCUGGGAAUGAUGCAGAACACACCCAUUACGCAGAACAAUCCCAUGUUGAGCAUAAGUGGAAAAUCUCAGCCAUCUGAAGGCAGGUCCUUGGAGCAGGAUGUGAAGUUGGGCGAGCCGCAGGAGGCCACCUCUUCCGCCGUCGAGCUGGAGAACGUCGGAUUCAGCGACCUUCUGGGAGGACUCGGCGAGGGCGACGACGAUGACCUCCUCAAGUCGCUCACUUCCGAAAUGGGAGACGACUUCAAUAUCCUGGAGUACGCGGACCCAGAACUGGACGUCAAUGUUCUCAACUCGCUAGAUUUUGAUGAUAAUGAAAAGUGCUCUACAUAGGAGAAGCGCAAUCAUUUAAAUGGAAAUAAAGAAAAUGCAAUAUUUAAUAGAAA